CAGCCAGCUAGUAUUUUGCUAAAUUGAUCUGCACCGUUCACUUAUCAUCUGGACGAUCCAGACGCGCAUUACUAAAGUAACGAUUGAGCAGAGUUUCAGUAAAUAAGCUCUCAUUUUCCUUCCCUUUCUUUCUGUGAUCUUCUUCAAAUCCAAAUCCUGAAUGCAUCAGAUCUUCCUGGUCAUACUUGUUUCCACAGGGUCUUAAAUUGCCUUCAUCAUUCUGUGGAUUUUUGUUUGAGUUUGAUAAUCCACCACCUGCUCCUUUAAAGAUCUGUGGGAUUGUUUUCAAGUUCUGAUUUUGUUGAAUUUUUCUGGUCACGCGCAACACUAGAAGGCUCUGGGUCAUGAGGGACAUCAAAGGGUUUCUUCCUUGGAUUCUUCUCUUAGCUUUUCAAGUUGUUCAAGCUGCGGAUUAUGUGCCGUCUGAUAAAAUAUUCUUGAGCUGUGGUGGUCCUCCAGAUUCAACCGAUACUGAUGGAAGAAAAUGGACUUCUGAUGUUGGGUCGAAGUUCUUAUCGUCUACGGGCAAGUCCAAGAAAUCUGAGGCUGCAACACAAGACCCGUCCGUGCCGGAAGUUCCGUUUGUGACGGCGCGUGUGUUUGAGUCGGAAUUCACCUACUCUUUUCCGGUGGCAGCUGGUCGGAAAUUCAUCCGUCUCUACUUCUACCCUUCUUCUUAUGACGGACUUAACGCCUCCAAUGCGAUUUUCUCCGUCACUGCUCAAUCCUACACGCUUCUUAGGAACUUCAGUGCUGCUCAAACGGUAUCAGCUUUGAACUAUGUCUCUCUUGUGAAAGAAUAUUUGGUCAAUGUUGAAGGAGAUUCGCUGAAUGUAACCUUUACUCCAUCUCCUAAUGCUUCUAAUGCAUAUGCCUUUGUUAAUGGGAUUGAGAUUGUGUCUAUGCCUCCUGAUAUUUAUGCUUCUCCUACUGAAAAUCCUGUGAUUGUGGGCACACAAACUCCUUACACUUUUGAUAAUAGUACUGCCCUUGAGACUGUUUAUAGGCUUAAUGUUGGUGGGAAUGAUAUUUCGCCUUCCCACGAUACUGGUUUGUUCAGGUCAUGGAAUGAUGAUACUAUUUAUCUUUAUGGUGCUGCUUUUGGAGUCACUGAGCCUGCUGAUCCUGAGGUUAACAUCACGUAUCCUCCAGACACACCCUCUUAUGUUGCUCCUGUUGAUGUCUACUCUACGGCUAGAUCAAUGGGGCCAAAUGCUGAUAUCAAUAAGAAUUACAAAUUGACUUGGAUUUUCUCCAUUGAUUCUGGUUUUUCCUAUCUUGUGAGACUCCAUUUUUGUGAGGGUACUACCAAUAUCACCAAGGUUAAUCAAAGGGUGUUUGAUAUAUUCCUUGGUAAUCAAACUGCUGAAGACGAAGCAGAUGUUAUUGCAUGGGCGAAGAGCCAAUAUAAUCUUCCACAUGAUAAUGGGGUUCCAGUGCAUAGGGAUUAUGUUGUGUUUGUUCCUGUUGGGCAGCCACAACAGGAUCUGUGGCUUGCACUACAUCCAGAUACUAAGUCACAGUCUGAGUACUAUGAUGCAAUAUUGAAUGGAGUGGAGAUAUUCAAAAUUAAUGAUCCUGCUGGUAAUCUUGCUGGGCUGAAUCCUAUUCCUGCUCCAAAGCAAGAUGUUAUCGAUCCAUCAUUGGCUAGGAGCUCAAGUAAGGGCCAAUCGAAGGUUCAGAAAGGAGCAAUUGCUGGAGGUGUUAGUGGGGGAGUAGUUCUAUUACUUGUUGUUGGGCUCAUUGCCUUUGCUGCUUCGCGUCGUAGGAGGCAUGGCAAGAAGGAUUCCGGUACAAGCGAAGGCCCAUCUGGCUGGCUUCCUCUUUCUCUUUAUGGUAACUCCCAUUCUGCUGGUUCUGCCAAGACCAACACAACAGGAAGCUAUGCAUCAUCGCUCCCAUCAAACCUUUGUAGGCAUUUCUCGUUUGCUGAAAUCCAGGCUGCGACAAACAACUUUGAUGAGGCUUUGCUCCUUGGUGUGGGAGGAUUCGGUAAGGUUUACAAAGGAGAGAUUGAUGGUGGAACGACCAAAGUAGCAAUUAAACGUGGGAAUCCUCUUUCUGAGCAGGGUGUACAUGAGUUCCAAACAGAGAUUGAAAUGCUCUCUAAACUUCGCCACCGGCAUCUUGUUUCGCUGAUUGGCUACUGUGAAGAGAACACUGAAAUGAUCCUUGUCUAUGACUACAUGGCUCAUGGAACUCUCCGGGAGCAUCUAUACAAGACCCAGAAACCUCCUCUGCCAUGGAAGCAAAGGCUUGAGAUAUGCGUUGGAUCUGCUCGAGGUUUACACUAUCUACAUACUGGUGCCAAGCACACUAUCAUCCAUAGAGAUGUGAAGACUACCAACAUCUUACUGGAUGAGAAAUGGGUAGCAAAGGUUUCUGAUUUUGGAUUGUCAAAAACUGGUCCCACAUUGGAUAACACCCAUGUGAGCACCGUAGUUAAGGGUAGUUUUGGGUACUUGGAUCCAGAAUACUUCAGGAGGCAACAACUGACUGAUAAAUCUGAUGUUUACUCCUUCGGGGUGGUUCUUUUCGAGAUCUUGUGCGCUCGCCCAGCUUUGAACCCAACCCUUCCAAAAGAGCAAGUGAGCUUAGCAGAGUGGGCUGCUCAUUGCUACAACAAGGGCAUUCUUGACCAGCUCGUUGAUCCUUACUUGAAGGGCAAGAUAGCCCCAGAAUGCUUCAAAAAGUUUGCCGAGACUGCAAUGAAGUGCGUCGCCGAUCAGGGCAUCGAGAGGCCAUCGAUGGGGGAUGUGCUGUGGAACCUCGAGUUCGCUUUGCAGCUGCAAGAGAGUGCAGAAGAGAGUGGCAAGGGCGGCAUUGGAGGAAUGCAUGACAUUGACGAGGAGGAACCACUGUAUGUGAACUCCAAGGGGAAGAAGGACCCGAACGACGCAUUGCCAGGUUUCGACGGUAAUGUAACCGAUUCCCGAAGCUCAGGAAUGAGUAUGAGCAUUGGUGGUCGGAGCUUGGCCAGUGAAGACUCUGAUGGGUUAACACCAAGCGCUGUGUUUUCUCAGAUCAUGAACCCAAAAGGGCGUUAAUUUCAUGCAAGAAUCCCUACACAAGGAUGAGGACUACAUAAUACUUUGAAGCUGUUAAUGUUGAUGAAUGGAAUCAAAAUUGAACUUUCAACAUCAUUAUUAUUAUUUAAUUUUAUGUAUGUUAUAUAUUCUGUCUCAUUUGUUUUGAUAUUGUAAGUUGUAAUUGUGACCACAUUACAUGAGGAUGAAACAUAGCCGGUUCAGGUUAUUAACCAUUUUACCUUCCCCUGAAACUUUUGUUCAAUUCUGUGCAGGUAAUCACAUAUUUAUCCUUAUAGAUCUUUCUUUUAA